CUUCAGUUGCAUGAAAUGUUGACCCCAUUAUCUAGAAACACUUUCACGCGUGGGAGCCCAGCUGCGAUCAUUCCUCGAUAUCCCAAUCCGAUCUACAGCAAUCCUUCGCUAGCAUCGCCGGAUGCACUAUUGCUGCGCUCUGCGAGUGGUUGUAGUUCCAGAGUAUCCUGUGAUGAGAUGGAGCUGCUUACCGAUCAUGGUGUUUGUGCGUGCGUCCCUUGCUCUUGACUCGGACAAGUGCGGUGAUAAUGCAGAACGUGUGCAUUUACCCAGCACGUAAUGAGCGUGUGUUGCACACUGACACGGUGACCGUAGACAAAUCCAGUAUCAUGGGAUAAGUAUGUGGGCCGAGCUAGUCUGCCACGUGAAUGGCACGAUCCUCAAGUCCCAAGUGUGCCAAUUCUUGAGCAGCUGAUGGCUAGAUCAGUAGAUGCUGGCAAUGCUCCCGCUGGACUAACUUGCUGUCAGGCCCCAACAUGCAGGGACAAUUACUGAACCGUUUUGUGGACCCUGGCAUAAGAGUAUGAAGCUCGUCCAUCCUGAAAUGGCUGCCAAAUCAUGCUCAGUCAAUCAUCUUCUGGGAGUAGUGUGGUGACUGUGUUCCGGUGCAAUGCCUGAGUGUGGCGAGAAACAGCGGCAGGAGCAGCAGAGGUGGCAGCGUUGGAUGUUGGGCCAUCAGCAAGGAUGAGCGACAGAACAGAGAGAUCGCUGGUGGAUAAGCUUGUCCAAUGGAAGGCUUGAGUUGCCGGGGGCGACUGCUCACAGCGGUUCAUAUCACCAUGGUGAUCAUGGCAUCGCUCCAUGAUGUCACAGCGGGUCGGGAUCGUCGUCACCAGGACAAUGACGACCACCAGAAUGUCCAGCCAAGCACUCCUCUGCCCUUUCUGUGCGUGAAAGCGCAGGAAAAUGGUCAGUUCAUUCGCAGUCGUGACUGCUGUCCAUCACCCGGUGCUAUCAUUAUCCCUGUCAAGCCCACAACACAGCUGGGGCCCAUAGAGUACCGUGACAUCUCCGCCUCGCAGCUCUGCCAGGAAUCCCUGCUGGGAAGCUCGAGCCCGGACAUGCCGUCGCGCCGCAUGCCAGCACGCAACGAUAGCACAGCGAUGCCGCCGUUGACGAGAGAGGACGAGGAAGAGGAUCCACCCCAGCCAGUGCACCUUGCUAAAGGUGGACGUCCUCAAGACUGCAACCUGGACGGCGAGAAAGGCAUGUUUCACACGUUCCAUCGUCGCCGCUAUCGCUUGCCAUCCACGUGUGUGCACACGCUGGCCCGGGAUUGCUUUCAGACGCCGCCUCGCUACCAGCUGAUCGGAGAGAUGGUGCCGUGCACGCAGAACCGAUCCAACGGCUGUUUCAAAAAGAUUGAUAUUCUGCUAAUGUCCGGUCCAGCGGCACUCUCCUCUCCUCUCCAAUCUCCACCGGUGGCCAAUUUCGAAGUUGUGCAGCUGUGGAUGGAGCCCGGCGACAUUACGGUGUUGAAGAUUGGAUCAUCUACUACUCGACAUCGACGAGGCUCGGCAAAGCGCUUUCUACCGAUCCCGGGCAAUUACGGUGUGGUGGCUGCGUUCCGUCGAACCGUGCGCGUCUACCUGGACUGGCUGAACAUCACCAUCGCCGUGCGAUUCCCGCACUCGGUCUCGGUCAAGCAGAGCAACGCGUCGGACACUGUGCAGGCGGCUGCCGCUGGCGACUUGCACACGUGCGGACUGUGCAUGAUGGGUGCGGGCCGUCGCAUUCCGGAACCGCUUCUCUGCUACUCCACGUGCAGUGCUAAGGGUCUGCCAUCGGCCGAUAUGCGACGGGCCGACGAGUUCUGCCGGCAGCGCCUCGGAAAUAUAUCCGCGGGCUGCCUGGCGUCGUCGGAGAGCCUUGCUGUGCUACACCAGUGUCAGAACACGUCGUGUGCAAUGUUUUUUGACGGAGCGGAGCCAGACUCAACAGCGAGCAUCCAUCACGUGGAGCUGUGCCGUGUCAUGAAGGACUUUGGACGUGUGUGCACGCUGCAUGGACAUACCGUAGACUGGUCACUCUAUGAGAGCUGUGGAGUCCGUUGCCAGAACAACAUGGAAGUGGACAUAUGCGCACGACCGAGGACUUGCUCUCAGCUCUCUGCCACUACCACCAGCUCAGCAGGUAACACACAGCUGGAUUCAUCCAGCACUGAUGACCAAUGCACGAUUGGCUGCCGUUGCCGUAGCGACAAUCGUGUGCUGCACAACGGCAGGUGCAUCCUGAAGACCCGGUGUCCGUGCGUGGACAGUGAGGACGGUCGGGAGUACGCAGCAUGGGCUGCCAAGCGUGUCAAUGCCACACACUGGUGCCAGUGUGUGCAGGGAACGGAGUUUCAAUGCCACAAGCUCGCCGAAGCAAGGUGGCGCAUCGAGGUCAACGGCAGUAGCAUUGGUGAUCGCAACAACCGUGUGCUCGUGCCUCAGGGACAGCACUGCGUGAAGAUGACCUGCCGGCUGCGCAGGGGAUUUCCCCGUCCUCGUCUCCACUGGCGUAAAGUCGCUGCCGGUGGCAAGGUGUCUGUAUCGAGUACGUUCCGCUCGGCAACACUGACCAUUCCCGUCAUGACACGGCGCUACCAGAGUGCAUACGAGUGUCACGCGCAGGGCUCGCAGCGCAGUGCCGAAUCCGUGGCUCUGCUCAUGACAGAUGUACCAGUUGGUACACUGGAGGUACAACCAAUCUCCCAUAUCACCACUGUAGUCGGUAGUAAGGCUGAACUAGUCUGUAAUGUCCACGGUAAUCCGCCACCUCAUGUCACAUGGUUAAAGGACGGAAGACCGCUGUACUCACUUGACGGCGAGAGAGUGUCUGUGCACCAGCAGUGUGAGAACCGACUGCAGUUCACGUCACUUCGUUCCAGCGACGCCGGCGUAUACGCAUGCCUGGUUGAAAACAAGCUGCGCAGCAAGCAGGUCAACGCCACUCUCACCGUUACUGAUGCCUGGGAUGCGUGGUCGCUGUGGAGCGAGUGCAGUAGCAGGUGCGGCUUUGGUCGGCGACAACGCACACGUGUGUGCAGUUUGUCCCAAGGCACAAUUGCCCAGGUCGCCACCUCCACACUUUGUCCGGGCAGUAAUGUCCAGCACCGAUCCUGCCAUCACUUCUGCCACAGACGCAGAAGAAGACGUAGCACAUCGGACGAUAGUGUAAUGCCUGUGCUGUGUGUACGGGGAGAUCUGAGCGGAUUGAGGAGAAGCCGUGACUGCUGCCCAUCUCCGGACCGCCCGAACGAGGUCAUUAUCCCGAUCCUGCCCAGCUCGACCGGGGCGCUGGUGUACCGGUCGAACAUCACAGCAGACGAGCUGUGCCGUCGCUCGCUUGCCCCCAGCAGUCCAAGUCUGCCGGCGCCGUCCCUAGAGAACAAAACCGUGCCCCGAGAGAUUCGACCCGCGCCCCGGGAGGAUCGCCCCGCACCCCAGGAGGAUCGAGCCGCGCCUCGGGAAGAUCGACCUGUGACCCGGGAGGAUCGACCUGUACCUAGCAGUAGCAAGAGCAGAGAAACAGUAGCCCUUGAUGGAACGCAGGAGGUGGAUCAGCAGCCAGCGCCGACACGUCGCGAGAACGCCUUUGGCGAGGACGACAGCAGCAACAUGGUCACGAAUAUCCAGACGUCGAUGCAGCGUGGCGCACGUCGGAAUGCAAAUUCAAUGGGCUCGUCCAGCCAGCAGCGUCGAUCAUCAGCCGAUUGUCGCCUGGAUUCCAGCUCCAGCAUGCUGACGACAUACAGCGGCAGUACGUUCGCCAUGCCACGCACCUGCAUUCACCUGUUGGCCGGGGACUGCCGGAGCCAGGCCAGUCCACAGUACCAACUGUUCGGCGACAUGGUGCCGUGCCACAAUAGGAAAGCACAUGCCUGCUUCAAGCAGAUCAACUUACACUUGUACCCACCAGGCGGCAUCAUUCUGGUUCAGCUGAAAAAUGAGCCCAACAAUGUCACCAUCAUCUCACUGCCCGGUCAAGACAACACUUUGGUUCGCAUCCGUCACCAGCGAGGUGAGGGUCGCAAGGCGCCGAUCCUUCUGCCGCUCGACUACGGCACCAUCGUGCUGAACAAGAAGACGAUCCGCAUCAACCUAGUGCAGCUGAACAUCAACAUACGCAUCACGUUCCCGAGCACGCUGAUCGUGAAGCUGACGAGACAGCGCGCCAUACCGCCUGACUCCGUUCUCGCCAUGGCGACCAACAAGUGUGGCCUGUGCGGCUGGGGAUUCCCUGAGCAGCCCACCCCUCUGGUGUGCUACCCUGCGUGCACCGCCGACGUGCUACAGGCCGGAAACGCCUCGUUGCGAGAGAACGAGUUCUGCGGCGAGCGACUGCGUGCCAUAUCGCCGACGUGUAUGGACGCGGAAGCCACCGCCAUCGCCGCGGCCGUUGUUCAGCGUCAGUGUGCCGUGGGGGCGUGCAAGGCGUUCUACGAUGGCUUCAACACCCUGGAUUACCAGCAUCAGCCAGAGUCUGAGGUGUGCAAGGCAAUGAGCGGUUACACGAAGGAAUGCCUUAGCGCCGGACAUCAAGUUAACCUAUCCGCAAUCCAAGACUGUUUGCAAUGUGGCCAGGACCAAGCUGCCGACCACUGCAGCCAGCAGCGCACGUGUCUCGACCAUCUGCGACAAGCCAGCGGCAUCGUUGGAGAGCAGCAGCAACGUGAACGUGCACCUUGUGAGCUGGGCUGUCGCUGCUUGAACGCCCGUCAUGUUCUGUACAAGGGACGCUGCAUCCAGCCAGCUGAGUGCCCGUGCAUGAACCUGACCAGUGGACGCGUCAUACUGGAGCACCAGCAGGCCUACUUGGUCAGCAGAACACGAGGAUGCCAAUGCCAACGUGGGAGCAAGAUCGUAUGUCGAGCCAGGCAAGGAUAUCGUGUCCAUGGCGAUUUGGUGCAGAAGAGCAGAGGUCGGCGUCGUGAGAUCUACCUCCCGUACGGGGAACUGUGCGUGGAACUGGUCUGCAGACUAGUGUCUGGGUUUCCACGUCCAAGACUGGGCUGGAGGAAGUGGACAAGCGGUGGUCAGCACACCCUGUCACAACGCUCUGAUGGUCUCUACCUAACCAUACCAGCAUUGACGCGAGAGUACAGAUCACGUUACGACUGCCAGAUACCACAGAUCAGAUACGCUCGCAGCGACGGCUUCUACGUCAAACCUAAAUCCAGCGAGAAUGCUCCCCUCGAAGUGCGGCUCAUGGCUGACGUACGACGUGAGAUCGGCGAGGCUGCGGUGCUGGAAUGCCGCGCUUCAGGCAACCCCAUACCGACGGUGGUUUGGUUCAAGAACGGCGCCCGGUACGUACCGGAUGGAGUCCGAGUUCAGCUGCACCGCACCUGUACCAACCGCUUGCUCUUCCACAAGCUACGUGUAGAGGAUCAGGGUAACUACAGCUGUCAUAUCACCAGCGGUGUUCUCUCUGAGGUGGUCCGUGCACAGCUUAUAGUCGAUGAUCGCUGGAACGAUUGGUCGACCUGGUCGGAAUGCAGCACCUCGUGCGGACCGGGUGUGAGGUUACGCCGUCGCACGUGCAACAUGACGGAGCCAGACAGCACCUACUGUCCCGGAAGCAACACGGACACGGAGUCAUGUGACCGAGCCUGCUGGGGGAACUGCAACACACUCGGCUCCCUGUGGUAUCGCUCGUUCGACGGCUUCGAGUACACGUUCCAGAGCAAGUGUGCCUACACGCUGUCGCAGCACUGUUCAAACGUGCCGGGGCACGUACCGCUGUACACCAUCGUACAGUACACGGGCGGCGCGACAGAGGAGAAGCUGUCCUACGACCACACGGUCGGCAUCAAGGUGAUUCUCUCCACCGGGGACACAAUCACGGUCAGCAAGAACGAGACGGCGCAGUUCGGCAACAGCUCGGUGCUGACGUUACUUUCGACGUUCGAGCCCAACGUCCCGAUACACCACGGCCGACUGACGCUAUCCAUGGAUGAAGUAGGUGCAGUGAACAUCACUGGCUAUGCACACACAGAUCAUUUCGUGGAGGUCAUCUACAAUAUGUACCUGCAGAACGUGGACAUCGAAGUGGGACCGGAGUUCUUCAAUCAGACCUGCGGCCUGUGCGGCAGCUGGAACGAGCGUUUCUACGAUGACACGCACCCGCAGCCAUGGAGUCAGCGUCGUCUGCGUACCGACCAGUUCGUGAGGGCGUAUCGUGAGCGCGACCAGUGCCGCAGUGAGCUGUUCAGCGACGCGUGCGGCUACAACGCCAGUCGUAUGGCGGACGCGCGCGCCAUGUGCGCCUCCAUCUCGGAGAGUGGCGAGAUGACAGGCCCGUUUGCCGUGUGCAACGACACCCUGGCCAGCUUCAAGGGCCUGAUGGCCAUGUGUCUGAAGGAGGCCUGCCUGUGCCUGGAGGACGAGAGUCGCUCGCGAGCGUGGUGCGAGUGCAAGGCACUGCGCCGGGCCGCCAGUGAGUGCGAGAAGCAUGGCAAGUCACCCGUCUACUGCACUACACAGUCGUGUUCUAAUCGUUUCAGCCACGCCAACGUCAGCCAGUGCGUUCCCACCUGCUGCUCACAGACUUACACCUGCGAUAGGCAGCGUGCCAUUUGUUCGGAUGGCGAGAACUGUGAGUGUGAAUAUGACGAGAGCUUCCACCAGGGCCAGUGCAUACCAACCAUCGACUGUCCGUGUCGCCAUGGUGACAGCACGUAUCACCGUGGCGAGAGUGUUUCUCUGGAUUGCCGAAACUGCGAGUGCCAGGGGAAAGGACAGUGGAAGUGCGACACGCUCAAUUGCCCUGAACGGCCUCGUAUCACCAUGGCACCCGUCCAGCCAAUGACAGUGCUGAGUCCUGUGCAGCUUUGCUGUAGAGCCUCGCCCAAUGCAGUCAGCUACGAAUGGUAUCGCAAUGAGGAAGGUGCCAGCAGUCGAGUGCGCAUUCAGCUGCUUGGCGAGACAUCACGCUCGUUGUAUGUUCCACUCUCGUUCCCUCACCAGAUUAUACCGUUCCAAGUCACUUACUACUACUGUUUGGCUAAGCUGUCCGACGACAAGACUGUUGAAAGCAAGGCAGUGUCUCGAGUACAGAACGUUCACGGCACGCGAGAGGAGUUCGACUACUGGCGCUCACAUGCGCGAUCCAAUCGCACGACGCCGGACCGAUGCGGCGGCUGGCCAUUGGACCGCAAGAUCGCCUUGCCGACGGGCUGCCGACUCCUGUCGGAGGACGGCGAAGAGGGCAGCGACGACGCCGCCUUUCAGUUUGGCGACCAGCAGUUGGACCUGCUGACGUCCGCCAGCAAUCGUCAGGUGACCAUCAACGUGGGACAGUGCUCGUUGAAGCGCUGCGCGUCGGACUAUCGGUAUGAGCGCGACGGGGCCAGCACGACACCGGAUCACUGUGCGUACUCGGGCGGUGGCUGCUGUACGCCGUCUCUGGUCAGCUACCGUACACUGAUCUGCAUGACAGGGGCAGCACGACAGCCAAUGCAGAUGCGCAUCCCCGUGGUAGACGCAUGCCGCUGCGCCACCUGCUAUCGUCACAAGACCUUCGUAAACGGCGUCAUCGGCAGCGGUCGUCAGGCGGGACUUCGCUUCACCGUCGGCGUCAAGAAGCGACGCAUGUCCGUCCAUCACUCCCAGUUCCGCAUCGACCUGAGCGAGGAGGAUUCUGACACUGUAGCCUUCCACCUGGACACGGCCACGCGUCCGCCUUACUCCAUUGCCUUGCCUGUCCACGCUGGCAAGGCCGUCUUUCAUCAGCUCGACCUGCCCACGUUCGUGCGGCUUAACGAUACCAACGGUGUGGAUGUUAGUGUGUCGCCAUCGUCAUCAUCUUCGUCCUCCGGCACCCAGUCUGACCGCCUUACAGCCAUCUCAACCAUAGUCCUGGCACCAAGCGGACCGAAAGCAAAUAUCACCUACUCUGUAACGGACUUUUCCGACCAAGAUCCCGAGCAAGCAUCCGGCUCCUUCACGUUUCUGGCCGACGACGGAACUCUAACGUUUGCACAGCCCUUCGUCAGCCUUGCGAUCCGGGUGGGCAACCUCUCUCAGUACUCCGGACUUGAUGUGCGCUAUCUGAGAUGGACCAGCAAUAUCACCACAUUGGCGUCACAUGAUCUCACUGCCGGUGAUGUCCAGCUGUGGUCAGUUGGGCAGACGGGACAGUGGACCAGGCCCGGUCGCCUGGCAACGCUUUCAAAGUCUGACUCGGGCUCCGGCGCUGUCAUAGCAACGGCCAGUGUGCCGGUGGAGGACGGGAUCUACGCCAUCGGUUACUCGGCCGAGCGAUGCUUUCUCAAGGUUCACGUUCGACAGUCGGCGAGCGGGACUCCAGUGCCGCUUCCGGGCGCCACUGUUACCGCUUCGUCGGCCGGACUCUGGAAGUCGCGCACGCAGGCCGUGACGGACGCGUGGGGCAUCGCGUGCGUUCCCGUGCAGUGCCAUGCCGACGCCACGCUGAGCGUUCACCAUGUAAGCGACGUCGACGGUAACGUACAGCAACAGCGUGCGUACGCCUGCGACACCGCCGGCAAUGCAUCAUCGACGUCCCCUGCCGAGUCAUCAUCACUGGGUGCCUCCUCGGCAUGCCUACACGCCGAACAACUGGAGUUCCUCGCCAGCGCCUCGCGCUACCAGCACAUGUCGGAAAUGUGCGACGGCCGAGCUCCCCAGGUCAGCUUUGUGAUGGACCAGGGAGCGCGAACUCUGUCGCCGACGCUCGAUCAGUUUGACGCCUGGGAGGGCAUCGCGCACAACAACUCCUUCCACUACCGUCACUCGUCAGACCACUGCUUCAUGGCCGUCAAGCUGUCCACGUCCCAGUCCGUGCUCACCUCGUAUCUCCUGCGCGCUGUCAGCCUGGGCAAGGUGUUAUCCAAGUCAAGCAGCAGCAGACGACGCCAGCAGCAAGACGCCCGUCCCAGCAUUCCCGAAUACAGUUUGUACGGGUGGCGCGAGAAGACGGUGGAGGCCAGUUCGGAGCUGCGCCAGCUCGGCCGCUCCUGCAUCGAGGUGGCGUGCCCCACGUGGAACCAGCCGCUGCGCGAGGUGCGCGUGCUCAUGCAGGUGGAACGGCCGCCGACGGUGCAGAGCGGUCGCGACGUGUCCUGCCAGCUGGACGGGCCCGGUAUACAGCCGACUCUCCGCGACGAUGAGUUCCACUACCGUGACGACGGCGGUCGCCAGGACGAUCAGCAGCAGCAGCAGCGGCAGCCUCAGUAUGGCAAGGGCGUGGUGCUGCGCGUCGAGGGACACGCUACCAAUCGGCCAGAGUAUGGCGUGUUCCGUAACCGGAAUCAGCUCCUGGCCAAGGAAUCCUGCCUGAAGGCCGGAUACACUGCACUGCAACUACAAUGCAACUAGACCAGCAAAGUAUGAUAUCGUGGCUAUGAUGUCAUGGUUGCAGCCAGUGACAUCAUACACCUGACUUGUGAUGUAAUGCAACUUGAAAGCUGUCACGAUGUCGGAGAGAUGAUGCACGAUUGGCCAGUGAUGCAGUGCAUCUUGCAAGCAAUACCACGUCUCAUAGUGCAGGAACAACAAUAAUUAUAAGUAUUAUAAGCAGAGCAAGGUGUGUUAUAUCCUCAGCCAACGACAAGUCACAGCUUACUGCUUCCCCUGCCUGGUCUGCCCCCCCCCCCCCCCCUCUCCUUGUUCCCACCAUUUACCUGCUAACAUAAAGCAUGCUGUGUGAUUAUGGAAGAUUUAACUUUUUUUCUAUCUUAGAGCGAUGUUGAAGCGAUUCGUAAAAACCGUAUCCUUCGGUGGCUAGUCUUCUUGAGGAACUAUUGAUGAAGAUAAUGUGGAUAAGCAUGCGUGCAGGCAUAAUUAUCAAUAUUCCCAACCGCAAUUACCUGAACAACUUCAUUGUUGCAGCCAUUUGACCAUUGUUGAGUUAUAACUAUUAUUUUGUUGACGAGAGAUUUUGGAUUUUUGAACCUAGCGAGCAAUGGCGCCCGUGCUUCCGAGAUGUAUUGAAGAUUUCUCAUCUACCAAUAACCACAUGAUAUCCCCUCCCUGCUGCCCUGAUUUCCCAGCCGAGAAUAUGACUGCUUUUCAUCAGUAACGCUACUCGUAAUGAUUAAUUUAUUUUCUCAGCCGACAACUUCCCUUGUGAUGCGCUAUGCCACGUGACCGAUGCUAGCAA